UCUCCUCCAUCUUCUACUCAAAAGCGAAAACCUGAAAUUCCAAUUACUGUUUCUUCUUCGUGAGCGUUGAGUUCUAAGUUCUAAACAUAUCAUCUCAAGUUGGAACAAUCAAAACCAUGGAUUAGCCUUCGAUUUAUGAACAAGAGUUGGUGAUAUAGAAGAUUGAUCUGGAAAAUGCAAGGUUUGAGAGCCAAGCUUAGUGUGGCAGUUCUUGUUAUACUAACCAUAUGGAUUGCUCUAUUGGCUUUGUAUGGUUUGAUAAAGCCCAUUUCAAAUGGUUGUAUAAUGACGUAUAUGUAUCCUACGUAUGUUCCAAUUUCUACGAAUGAUGGUGGGUCAUCUGCAAAGUAUGGAUUGUACUUGUACCAUGAAGGGUGGAAAAAGAUUGAUUUCAAUGAGCAUCUUAAGCAGCUUAGUGGGGUUCCUGUUCUUUUUAUUCCUGGCAAUGGCGGCAGCUACAAACAGGUAAGAUCCUUGGCUGCAGAAUCUGAUGGGGCGUAUCAAGGAGGUCCACUUGAACGGACAUUUUAUCAAGAGGCUAUCCUGACUCCUGAGGAGGAAGGGUUAGAUAAAAGUGUAGCUGUUUUUCAACUACCUAACCAGUAUGCUAGCAGGCUGGAUUGGUUUGCUGUAGACCUUGAAGGUGAACAUUCAGCAAUGGACGGCCGAAUACUUGAAGAACACACAGAAUAUGUUGUAUAUGCUAUACAUAGGAUUUUGGAUCAACACAAAGAAUCUCGUGAUGCCCGAGAAAGAGAAGGUGCUGCAACCUCUGGUACUUUACCAAAAAAUGUGAUAUUGGUUGGUCAUUCUAUGGGUGGUUUUGUUGCUAGAGCUGCAAUUAUACACCCUAAUUUAAGGAAGUCAGCAGUUGAGACCAUAAUUACGCUUUCUACACCACACCAGUCACCUCCUGUGGCCUUGCAGCCAUCAUUGGGUCAUUAUUUUGCAUAUGUGAACCGGGAAUGGAGGGAUAGAUAUGAGAUUCAAAACACUCGGACAGGACAUUAUGUAUCAGAUCCAUUGCUCUCUCAUGUUGUUGUUAUCUCCAUCUCUGGUGGCUAUAAUGAUUAUCAGGUACGAUCAAAGUUAGAGACCCUGGACGACAUUGUGCCUUCUACUCAUGGAUUUAUGAUAAGUAGUACAGGCAUGAGAAAUGUGUGGUUAUCGAUGGAACAUCAGGCUAUUUUAUGGUGUCAUCAACUAGUUGUACAAGUAUCACAUACUCUCCUUAGUCUGAUAGACUCCAGAACAGGUCUGCCAUUUCCUGAAACUCAGAAGAGAUUAACAGUAUUUUCAAGAAUGCUUCGUAGCGGGAUACCACAGACAUUCAAUUGGAUGAGGCAACCACACUCUCAUGCACCCAUUAAAGAUAUAAAAGAUGCUUUUGGCUCUCAAGUGCAUGCUUUAUCCAGUUGUCCCAAAAAUGUUCACCGGAAUGAUGAUGGCCUUGAGAGGGAUCUGUACAUCCAAACUACUACGAUGACUGUUUUGGCCAUGGAUGGGAGGAGGCGGUGGUUGGACAUACAAAAACUGGGUUCAAAUGGAAAAAGCCAUUUCAUCUUUGUGACAAAUCUUGCUCCAUGCUUUGGGGUUAGACUUCAUCUUUGGCCUGAAAAGGCGAAAUCAACUUUGGACUUGGCUGCUAGUAAAAGGGUUGUAGAAGUGACAUCAAAGUUGGUGCAGAUUCCUUCAAGACCAGCACCAAGACAGGUUGAACCUGGUAGUCAGACCGAGCAAGCGCCACCAUCUGCCAUUCUUCGUUUAGGUCUGGUGGAUAUGCGCGGUUUCAGAUUCCUGACCAUCUCAGUUGCUCCUCGUCCAAGUAUUUCAGGCAGGCCUCCACCAGCAACAUCCAUGGCACUUGGGCAAUUCUUUAACCCAGAGGAUGGGGAGAGAAAUUUAUCCGUUCAAUCGAUGCUUCCAUCUACCCAUUUACAAAAGGAAAUAUUUUUGGAAGAGGAUCAUCCCCUUGCGUUCAAUCUAUCAUUCUCCAUUAGCUUAGGACUUUUGCCUGUUACUUUUUCUCUGAAAACUAUGGGCUGUGGAAUUAAAAGGUCUGGGCUUCCUGCUGAAGAGGCUGGAGACAUCGAAAGCAUUAGGCUUUGCAAACUACGGUGUUUUCCACCUGUAGCACUUGCAUGGGAUCCUACUUCGGGUCUUCACAUUCCUAAUUUGUAUGGUGAAACUAUGAUUGUUGACUCCUCACCAGCAACGUGGAGUUCUAUUCAGGGAUCUGAAAAAACGACUGUUCUGUUGCUGGUUGAUCCUCACUGUUCAUAUAAAAUAAGUUUCGCUGUUUCUGAGACGGCAGCAGCAAGCAGGUUUUUGCUUUUGUAUAGUUCACAGAUAGUUGGUUUCUCCAUUGCAGCUAUCUUUUUUGCUCUAAUGCGGCAAGCACACGCAUGGAAUCUUGAUUUGCCCGUACCUUCAAUGUUGACAGCUCUGGAAUCAAAUUUGAGAAUGCCAUUACCGUUCUUACUUCUAGGGGUCAUACCCAUUUUGGUUUCUUUGCUCAUUUCCUUGCUGAUGUCUCAACCCCUUCCUCCAUUUGCAAGCUUCAUCAUCAUUUCAGUGAUUUGCUAUUUAUUUGCAAAUGGGUUCAUAAUUCUGCUUACAUUUGUUUCCCAAUUGAUCUUCUAUGCGGCUGCCAUCAUGCAUGUUUUCAUCAAGACAAGGUGGCAAGGAUGGGAAGGAAAUUUUUGCUUAGGAUUCCUUCAUUGGUUUAUUAAUCUCUCCUCCAGUUUCUUUUCAUUAAAGGUCGUAAGGGUUCUAAGAGGUAAUCCCUUACUUGUAACAGCGCUGACUGCAAUUACCCUUGGAAGCUUUGUUCAUCCAGCGCUGGGUUUAUUCAUACUUCUCUCGUCUCAUGCAUUAUGCUGUCAUAAUGCAUUGUGCAGUUUUUUGACGGCUUCCUUUCGCAGCCAUGCACGGAGAAAGGAACUGUUUGAUUUUAAAGAUCAAGGAAAUGGAAGAACUGAGGAAUUGGCAUCUGAAUAUGAAAGUGUUUUCAACCGGAAUUCAACAAUUGAGGAGAAUAGCAUGGGUAGUCCAAACUCUUCAAAAAGUUUCGGAGACACACAAUUAGAAAUCUUCCAUCACCAACAAGGCUUGCUGAUCCUGCAUCUCCUUGGAGCACUGAUGUUUGUCCCCUCUCUUGUGGCUCGGUUGCAGAGAAUAGGAUUGGGUCAUAGCUUUCCGUGGUUCCUGGAUUCAGCUCUUUGCAUUGGGGUCAUUCUUCAUGGUAUCUUUAAUUCGAAACCCGAGAGCAAUUCCUUGUUUGCCUUCCCAGCCAUUCUUGGUAAGGAAUUGAGAUUGGAUUUUGUCUACCUACUUGCUGGCUAUUAUUCCUAUCUGUCUGUCUUGGGCUUGGAAGCAUACAAAGUAUUUUAUGCCAUGUCUCCCAUAGGGUUCAUAUCCUUUGUUUUGAAGUUAUUACAGAGCAGGGAGAAGGGAGAGCCGCGUUUUGGAAGAAAGAAGCAUUCUCAUAAACAAUAAACUAGCUUCUUCUGAAACUCAUACAUAAAUACAUUACAGAGGUCACUGCACAAUCCUCAUCAUGUCCCAUUUCUAGAGAUCUG